AUGUUUCAAGGGCAGCGGGGCUGGUUCUGUGGUAGCGUCGGCCAGGACCUGAGGCAGUUCUGGAUGGCCGAAGGCGGCACGGUCAGUGACUGGCGGGCCGCAGACUUCCUGUUCAGCAGCGACGCCUCGCACCCGGACACGCUGAGAAUAUAUCACAGCCUUGACUACAUAGAAGAUAAUGCUACUGUUUUUCAUGCCUACUAUCUCUCUGCGGUAGCUAAUGCUGAAAUAAAAAACUCUGUGGCUUUAGGUCAUUUCAUUCUUCCUCCUGCUUCUCUGCAAAAAGAAAUAAGAAGAAAAAUUGGUGGUUUUAUUUGGGAACAAGAUCAACAUUUUCAGACAGAAAAGAAUGAGGAAGUAGCAUCAAAUGAAGUAACAACCCUGAGGGAAAGUGGUGAACUAACAAACGAGCACACACAAAAUUUAUUCAAAAGCACAGAAAAGCAUUUUAUAAAGACUCCAGUUAUAGAAAAGCAGAUGUAUUUCCCUCUUCAGAAUUAUCCCGUGAACAACAUGGUAACAGAUUAUAUAUCAAUUGAUGCCAUGAAGAAAUACCUUGGGGAAUUACAUGACUUCAUUCCCGGAAGCUCAGGAUAUCUGGCAUAUCAUGUUCAAGAUGAAAUUAAUAUGUCUGCUAUAAAAAACAAAAUGAAGAAGAAAUACUAA